AUGUUUUGCUCCGCUAAUGCUCCAGCCAGAUUCAUUAUUUUGUUUAUUUCUUUGAUUAGUUACCUUCAGACUAGUCAUGCUUUGACCUGUUAUGAAAGUAAAGAAAAUGGUAGCAUUAUUGCUGUUAGAAAUGACACUUGGAAAUAUUGUGCCAUCGUUCCAGCUUUAAAUACUGCUUACGGAACCUCAGAUGGAAGAAUGUUUGGACUUGGCUCACAAAAUGACUGGACUGAAGCUUAUGAUAGCACUUUCGCAUUCAACGAUAAUAUGUAUAAAGUCUUAACUGUAUGCAUACUUGAGAAAUAUGAUUUCUCAUCAAUUAAUCCAAAAAUUAAUUUUAAUCAAGCAGUUGAAUUUAUCUUCCGUUGCGUAUGUAAUUAUGAUCGCUGUAAUUCUGCUUCAACAUUUACUGGAUAUAUAAAUUCAAUGAAAAGGGAUUCUUUUUAA